GCCCCGCCGCAGAGUGGGGAGGAGGCGCUGAGAGCCGCCGCCCGGCCGGGCCCUGUCAGGGAAGGAGUCAGGCGGGCCGGCCGCACCGAGGCCAUGGAGCUGGCGGACGGCGUGGUGUAUCAGGAAGACCCGGGGGGCCCUGGCCCCGCCAUGAUGUCGGAGCGGGUGUCGGGGCUGGCGGGCUCCAUCUACCGCGAGUUCGAGCGGCUGAUCGGGCGCUACGACGAGGAGGUGGUGGCCGAGCUGAUGCCGCUGGUGGUGGCGGUGCUGGAGAACCUGGACUCGGUGUGCGCGCACAGCCAGGAGGCCAGCGUGGAGCUGGAGCUGCUGCGGGACGACAACGAGCAGCUGCUCACCCAGUACGAGCGCGAGAAGGCGCUGCGCAAGCAGGCCGAGGAGAAAUUCAUUGAAUUUGAAGAUUCUCAAGAACAAGAAAAAAAGGACUUACAGACCCGAGUGGAAUCAUUAGAAUCACAAACACGACAGCUUGAACUGAAAGCAAAAAAUUAUGCUGAUCAAAUUAGCAGACUUGAGGAGAGGGAGGCAGAACUGAAGAAAGAAUACAAUGCACUUCAUUCAAGACAUACAGAGAUGAUUCACAAUUAUAUGGAACACUUGGAAAGAACCAAACUUCAUCAACUAACAGGGGGUGAUCUGCUAGAAUCCACCACACAUGGUAGAAUUAGAAAAGAGCGUCCUACAUCACUGGGCAUCUUCCCAUUACCUCCAGGAGAUGCACUGCUUACACCUGAGACUCAGAGAGAAGGCGGGGAAACACCUGGGUCAGAGCACUGGAAAUUCCAUGAGCUAAGCCAGCCACGCUCCCACACCAGCCUAAAGGAUGAACUUUCUGAUGUUAGUCAAGCAGGCUCAAAAUCUACUACCCCAGCAUCAACAGCUGCUUCAGAUGUGCCUGGGUUAUCUGCUGAAACUCCCCUGAAAGAGGAUAAUGAAGGGCUUGCAAAGAGUGCAGAUGCACUGAACAAGAAAUCAGAUGUAAGCAAGCACAUUGAAGUGCAGGUAGCUCAAGAAACAAGAACUGUGUCCAUCGGUGCUAAUGAAAAUGAAGAAAAAUCUGAAGUUCAAGCAAUCAUUGAGUCCACUCCAGAGCUGGAUAUGGAUAAAGACCUCAGUGGAUAUAAAGGUUCAAGCACACCUACCAAAGGUAUAGAGAACAAAGCAUUUGAUCGUAACACAGAAUCUCUCUUCGAAGAGCUGUCUUCUGCUGGCUCUGGCCUAAUUGGAGAUGUGGAUGAAGGAGCAGAUUUAUUGGAUAUUACUAUGUUUAGGGAACUUGUUAAAACCAGACGUGCACACUGUUCUUACAAUGAGGGAAUGGGCCGUGAAGUUGAAAAUCUUAUUCUGGAGAACACCCAGCUAUUGGAGACCAAAAAUGCGCUGAAUGUGGUAAAGAAUGAUUUGAUAGCAAAAGUGGAUGAACUGACCUGUGAGAAGGAUGUACUGCAUGGAGAGCUAGAAGCUGUAAAACAAGCCAAGCAGAAGCUUGAAGAGAAGAACAAGGAAUUAGAAGAAGAGCUUAGAAAAGCUCGUGCAGAAGCAGAGGAAGCAAGACAAAAAGCGAAAGAGGAUGAUGAUAGUGAUGUUCCCACUGCUCAGAGAAAACGUUUUACACGUGUUGAAAUGGCCCGUGUCCUGAUGGAAAGAAAUCAAUAUAAAGAGCGGCUGAUGGAGCUUCAGGAAGCUGUGCGAUGGACUGAAAUGAUAAGAGCAUCAAGAGAAAAUCCAGCCAUGCAAGAAAAGAAGAGAUCAAGCAUUUGGCAGUUUUUCAGCAGGCUGUUCAGUUCAUCAAGCAAUACUGCUAAGAAACCAGAACCACCUGUUAAUCUUAAGUAUAAUGCUCCAACUUCACAUAUUACUCCAUCAGUAAAGAAAAGAAGCAGCACUUUAUCUCAGUUACCUAGUGACAAAUCUAAAGCCUUUGACUUCCUCAGUGAAGAAUCUGAAGCCAAUUUAGCCUCACGCAGAGAACAGAAACGAGAACAAUACCGCCAAGUGAAAGCACACGUUCAAAAGGAAGAUGGUAGAGUGCAAGCUUUUGGCUGGAGUCUGCCUCAGAAGUACAAACAGGUAGCAAAUGGUGGUCAGGGUGAUAACAAGAUGAAGAAUUUGCCUGUGCCUGUCUAUCUGAGACCCUUAGAUGAAAAGGAUACAUCUAUGAAGCUUUGGUGUGCUGUAGGAGUGAACUUAUCAGGAGGGAAAACAAGAGAUGGAGGCUCUGUGGUUGGUGCCAGUGUAUUCUACAAUGAUGUAGGGGGUUCGGAUGCAGAUGGGAACAAGCACCAAACAGGAUCUCAGAGUAGUUUAGAUAGACUAGACCAGGAACUCAAGGAACAGCAGAAGCAGUUGAAACAUCAGGAAGAAUUAUCCAGUCUAGUUUGGAUCUGCACUAGUACACACUCAGCUACAAAAGUGAUCAUUGUUGAUGCUAACCAGCCGGGAAACAUCCUAGACAAUUUUAUUGUUUGCAAUUCUCACGUUCUUUGUAUUGCUAGCAUUCCAGGGGCUAGAGAAACGGAUUAUCCUGUAGGAGAGGAAGGGUCACAAGAAGCAGACUCUAAUCAGGUGGACAGGACCUCAUUGUGUGGAAGUAUGACCAGCAACAGCUCAGCAGAAACUGAUAGCCUGUUAGGAGGAAUCACAGUGGUUGGUUGUACUGCAGAGGGUAUUACAGGAUCUCUCAUAACACACAAUGCUAAUGGUGCCUCAUCUGUGACAGAUAAACAGCCAGAAACUGCAGCUGAAAGUAAUGUGGUAGAUGAAAACGUUCCAACAGCAGAGGAAGCAACGGAGGCAACGGAAGUCAGUGCUGGGUCAGGAGAAGAUGUAGCUGAUCCAGCUCAAACUGGAGUGUAUACAGAGCAUGUCUUCACAGAUCCUUUGGGGGUGCAGAAUACAACAGAGGGUUCUCCAGUAUACCAGCCUAGUAGUGAAUCAGACUUGUGUAAAGAUGUGGUAGAAUUGCCAAAUGAGCAAGAUCUAGUGAGAGAAGAAGCACAGAAAAUGAGUAGCCUUUUACCUACAAUGUGGCUUGGAGCACAGAAUGGAUGCUUGUAUGUUCAUUCUUCAGUGGCCCAGUGGAGGAAAUGUGUUCAUGCCAUUAAACUUAAAGAUUCUAUUCUCAGUAUUGUACAUGUAAAAGGAAUAGUAUUAGUCGCACUAGCUGAUGGAACAUUAGCAAUAUUUCACAGAGGAGUUGAUGGUCAGUGGGACUUGACAAACUAUCAUCUCUUAGACCUGGGCCGACCUCAUCACUCCAUCCGAUGCAUGACUGUCGUACAUGAUAAAGUCUGGUGUGGCUACAGGAACAAAAUCUAUGUUGUUCAACCAAAGGCCAUGAAAAUAGAGAAAUCGUUUGAUGCACACCCAAGGAAAGAGAGCCAAGUGAGACAGCUGGCCUGGGUGGGUGAUGGCGUGUGGGUCUCUAUUCGUUUGGAUUCCACACUCCGACUCUAUCACGCACACACAUAUCAGCAUCUACAAGAUGUGGACAUUGAACCCUAUGUAAGCAAAAUGCUAGGUACUGGAAAACUAGGAUUCUCAUUUGUGAGAAUCACAGCUCUUAUGGUGUCUUGUAAUCGUUUGUGGGUGGGGACAGGAAAUGGUGUCAUCAUCUCCAUUCCAUUAACAGAAACUGUAAUCCUCCACCAGGGACGUUUACUGGGGCUGAGGGCUAAUAAAACAGCAGCAGGCUCUGGAAACCGUCCUGGGAGUGUUAUACGUGUAUAUGGGGAUGAAAACAGUGAUAAAGUGACUCCUGGAACAUUCAUACCAUAUUGUUCAAUGGCACAUGCACAGCUUUGCUUCCAUGGGCACCGUGAUGCUGUUAAAUUCUUUGUCGCAGUACCUGGUCAAGUUGUUUGCCCAGCCAGCAGUGGUGGAGCAGAACUAUCAGGUGAUAAAUCUGCCCAAGAAUUCUUCAGCCAAACUCCCUUAAAAUCUAUGUUGGUGAUAAGUGGAGGAGAGGGAUAUAUUGACUUCAGGAUGGGUGAUGAAGGUGGGGAAUCUGAACUUCUUGGAGAAGCUCUGCAACUGGAACCUUCUGUAGCCAAAGCUGAGAGGAGUCACCUGAUAGUGUGGCAAGUAAUGUAUGGCAAUGAGUGAACCCACUAAGAAGCAGCUAGAGACUGAAAAAAGGCUUCUGCAUGUUUUUUUGGUUUUUAUUUUUGCAGAAUCUGUUUCACUACAUGGUGUUGAAGCAUCUUUGCUGUUUAACUUUAUAUUGCAAAUCUGUCAGACCGUAACAAUACAGGAUUGAGCUUGUGCUGUUUUACUGCACCAGUGUUACAUAGGUAAGAUCAGUAUAAUGAAGAAAUCAGUGUUUUUUCUUUCUCAAAACUGAUGACUACUGGUAAGCAAUCCAGACAGUUUACUGUACCACAACAACCUAAUGUAGUUCACUUCUUUUGCUAGUAUCACUCUCUUAUCACUAAUUGAGUUAAACUUCAUUACAACUGAGAUUAAUUUCUCUGCACAACAUAUUGAGUGAAACAGCAAAGUUAUUCCCAGUGUAUUAUAACGUUGACAAACUAUCAAAUGAAUUAUCAAGAUUCAUGUAUACAUUCAGUGAGGGCUAAAGUGAAUUGUAAAUUCUAACUUUUAUUUUCAAACCUGACAAAUCUUGUUUAUAUAGUGUGUACAGUUUUGUUUGUGGUUUUCAUCCAAACUUCUGGGGGAAGAGGGGAUUGUAUAGAAUAACUUAAAACAACAAUACUUAAAGUUUCAUGUUUAACUGCUGAAAAACUCUAAAAUUUGAGAACAUCAAUAAUGAGCAGUUUGGAGAACCGUCUUCUCGCUUUUUCCUUGUCAAAUGGCAACAUUUCAGUAAUUUCCAAAGGACAUUUAGACAUUGGGAUGAUUAUAAAACUGAAAGGUUGUAAUAUCCUUGAGCAGGGGAUACAUUAAUUUUCUUCAUGACUUAAAUCCAUAUAUGUUCUCUUAGACCCUGGAGCAAUUCUUCUCUGCCUAACUAGUCAAACUCCUGAGUAACUGUUCUGGAGGUUAGAGACCUCAAACAGAGCAAGAGAACUGACUGACAAAAAAGAUAAUACAUUCUGCCCAAAUGAAAUUGCGAAGGAACUUCAGCUCUGUAAUUAGGCAAAAAACACAUAAUUGUUAGUUUCAUACCCCUUGUUAGGUAGUGAAAUACUAUGUUAUUUAGAGAGAAGAAAAACACAUUAACUGAUUAAGCUAACUGAUAGAAGCCAGGAGAGUCUAAUAUCAAGGCGGACAUUCUGUCUACUCACCAUAUAUUUUUUUUUUAACCACAAUAGAGUGAGUUCAGGAUUGAGUGUCUUCUUUUUUGCUUUGAAUUUCCAGAGUUGGAACUGAGUUGAACCCUUUCUAUAGAGUUUCUGUAAAAUGUAUAACGCUUAGGCAGGUUUUUCCUUAAUUUAGUCUCUGAAAAACAGACUUUUUUAAAUCUGAGCAUUCAGCACGUAUCCCCAAAAGACUGGGACUGUCUGAGCAAUCUGUCUGUGACAGAAUGGAACAGUUUCAAAGGAAUAAAUGUAGACAAACUUUUUUUUAAAACUGCCUAAACAUUUUUAUGCAAUAGGAGCAGUUCUGGUCUAUCAGGCAAACGUGUUUAUAUAUUUUUCUUAAUUUUUUAAAAACACAUUUAGCUGAGGUCUAUUGUGUAAAUAUAUAUUUAGGCAGCUUUUUUUCAAAUGCAUAUCAUAUCUGAUAAACCAGAAAAACUCCAUUCAGGUCUAUUGGUUAGAUUUAUAUGUAUAAAUACUUCUUAAACAGCAUGUUUUGUACACAUGUUCCACUCUCGUAAAUAUGUAUUUAGGACAUAGGCUAUGUAGUAAAAAUUCUUAUUAAAAAUGCCUAAUAUCUUGGUAGUGUAUUUUCUCUCCAGAAUGCCAAAUGUGAUGUGAUGUGAUGUUCACAAAUCACUUCCCAAAUUUUCAUUUUUAAAAUCAAUCUUGAAUUGCUUUGGCUUAAAUAUGGAAUCUGAGAACUUGGGGGGUAGCGGGGGGGAGGCAGACUGUCUUAAACAUUGUUAUAAGAAAGACCUAUUUAAAAAAAAUAUAUUGAGAUUUGUAUGCUGAACUUCAAGGACAUUUGAGUUAUAGCUCAUGAAAUUGGUGUCUGGGAAAAAUGCUGACUAAACUUUAACAGUGAUGCAAACAUCACUACAACUGGUGCAAUUUUAUUGCUCCUCCUGCCAUCUUUCCUUUUAAAUUUAACUUAUUGGCUAUUUGGAAAAUAUUCUACAAGCUUUAUGCGCCAGUGGAUUUUCAUUCAUGUAUUCUCAGAACGCACAAUUCUGUUCCGUAAAUCUUGUAUAGCAUUUUAUUUGUAAUUAUUAAUGCACUGUUUCUCUGAACUGCUUCACUGCUGUCAAAUAGAGCAGAUAUGUCUGGCAAGUGCAUACCUAAUCUUUUUUGCCCAGUCUGGUCACUGUGCCAUUCUAUUCACUUCAAUGGACCAGCUCUUGCAAAUGGCUGCAGAGACAGUCAUUUCUUUCCAAUAGUGGAAGGGUUUUAAAGGAAACACUACCUGUCACUACAGUACAACUGUGGGUGUAGAAGAGGGGGUUGCACACUGCUCUGCAUUAUUCAUUUUAAAAUUUAUCCCCUGUUCUAAGGAACAUAGAUUAAGGGUGUACUUAUUCUCCUCACAAUGCACUGGGAUUUAUAAAUUCCAGAUCACUUUGAAAGGUGGGUAAAGCAUGGAAAACCCCAUGCAUCAAGAUGACAAACUCCUAAGAAUCUAAAUCUCAAGAAUGUAUGUAUGCAUCACAGACUUUUGUGGUUUAAAAGUCCUUUAAAUAGGAAUGAAUUUCUUGAUAGCUACAGCUUGUUAAUAGUUUGAAAACAUUUCGAGCACAAAAUAUGCAGCACAUUACUUGUCUGGAUAAGUGUGUUUGCAUGGUAAAGGUAAAAUGACUUAUAUAAGCUGCUGUAUUGUUAAUUUCUUGUAAAGGUCUUCCUGCGUUGGAUCAGAUAGAGCUGGCAGAGCGUAGACACUUUAUCAUAGGCUGCCUUAGUAACAAAUGUUAAAUCUGUUUUAUUAUACUAACUGUUCUAAAGAACGUAUGUCUUUAAAAUGGUGUAACUGAAUAUUUAUUUCCAUGUGAGUAUUAUGAAAGUUACCAAAGGAUUAAACCUGAUUUAGCACUCUUGUAAGUGACCCUGUUGAGCUGGGGUCUUGUGAGUGACCCUCGUCUGUAAAAUAAGACACAGUAAAAAAUAAAUAAAUAAAUAAAUACAGCUCUAUGCGAAAGUUAAAUAUUUUUUCUAACAGGGUUAUGCCAUAUUGUAACAACAUAUGUUGCACCUCAGAGCAUUUUUCUAUACACUAAAUGUCUGUCCCAUCCUCUAACAAAAUUAAGUUUCCUUUAUUAAUUUUGUUGCACAUUUCUCAACCUUUUAAACAUAUUUUAAACAUUUUAUGGUCUGUAAUUUGACAGUUUUGUCUUAGACACUUAUGCUGAAUUUUACUUGCCUCUGUAAUCUGAGAUGGAUUCUACAGCGUUCAACUUGCUGUCUGUUAAAAUUUGAGGCUUUUCUGUGAGCAAGAAAGCUCAUAUAGCCGUGUAGUUAUUUCAGUAUUUAUUUCUAUUGAAUCCUCGGGGUUCAGAAUGUAACUUUGUACAUUAAAUAUAUAAAUAUGUAUAUGAAACAUA